AUAGUAUAAGUAGUGAUACUACAAGGUAGUAUCGAACUGUCAGUAUUAUUUUGAUGCAGUGUUUGGAACAAGUCUAAUAUGUUGGUAAAAGUGACAGUUCUAGUUUUUGGCUUGCUCUGUCUUGCUGAUGGAAAAUUACCCUCAUACUUCCACGUCUGCAAACGCACGGACCCCAACUUGGACAAAUGUGUUACGGAGGCGGUUAUGACUCUUAAACCUCAACUUUCAAAAGGAAUACCAGAGCUACAAAUCCCGCCAUUGGAACCAUUCAAUUUAGAUACAAUAAUUUUAAAGAGUGGAAAUUCUGGAGUCAGAAUUGAUGCAAAUUUUACUAAACUCGUAGCCACCGGAGCUUCUGGAUUUGAAGUAUAUGAUCUGAAGUGCGAUAUACCAAAGAAUGUAUUUUUAUUUAAGCUCAAAAUACCUCAUUUGGAAUUCAAUGGUGAUUACGAUAUCGAUAUGAAUGUUUUGGUUUUAAAAUACAAAGGUAGCGGGCCCAUUUCCGGAAACUUUUCAAACCUGGACGUACAAGUUGAAUUAAAAGGCCAGAUAAAGAAAAUUGACGGUAAAAAUUAUCAGACGUUUAAAAAAAUUGGAAUAGAGCUGAAAGUUGGAAGUUCGCACUUAAAACUGGGGAACCUUUUCCUUAAUCAACGAGGUUUAGGUGAUGCAACUAAUCAAGUAGUUAACGACAAUGCUGAUAUAUUUUUAAGAGAAAUACGACCUGCUCUAGUAAACUCUUUAUCUGAAAAAUUCACCGAGACAGCGAACAAAGUCUGUAGGAUGUUUACUUAUGACGAACUGUUCCCACUGUAAUUUCUAUUAAAUUAAUAUAUGAGUGAUAUUUUUGUUUUGUUUUGUAAUAGUUUUUUAGAUAAUAAAUUGUAAUGACACU